AUGUGUAGGGAACAAUACAAUGGUAUCUACGACUCAAUAUGCAAUGUACUGUGGUGCUCCAAUCUAGAUGGAACAGCGUGCCACUCAUCAAUUGCAGAAGAAGGCACGCUGUGUGGCAAUCAUAAGUGGUGUGUUGCUGGUGUAUGUACAUCAGAUGUCAAUGCUCCAGCUGGGAAUGAAAACUGUUUAUAUGGCGACAAAAGAGGAAAGGUAUUCUCUAAUGGAUGGACAUGUGCGGACAUGUACACUAAUGCCCCGAACAAUUGUGAAAUAGCUCAAGUAUACUGUUGUGCUACUUGUUACCCAGAAACGACAACUGUUGCAACCACGAUAAAAGCACACACAACUAAUGGAGUGACUGUGCCAGUAGACGAGACUAUUCAACGCACCACGCCGACAGCAGAUGAGUUUGGUAUGAUGAUCUUCUGGACUUCAGGAUCUCCACAGUCUGAAAUGGUCUAUACAAAUGCUCGACCAGUCUCAACUCAGUCUCAACCAGUGUCGACCUGUCUCGACCAGACUCGACCAGUGUCGACCUGUCUCGACCAGUCUCGACCAAUGUCGACCUGUGUCGACCAGUGUCGACCAGUGUCGACCAGUGUCGACCUGUCUCGACCAGUCUUGGAUCAGUCACGACCAGUCUCGACCUGUCUUGACCUGUCUCGACCUGUCUAG